AGUCUAAUGGCAGGCGGUGUUCCACGUCUUCUCAAACUGCUAAAUACUCGCGAGACCUGGACACCCCGCUCCGUUUCGGAUAGAAAAGUAUAUGAUGCCGCUGUGAGGGAAGUGGGAGGGCAGUGGGAGUGCCGAAGAACGUUGAAAGCACACUGCGGCUGCGUUAAUGCUGUUGCGUUUUCCAAUUCUGGAAGCUUAAUGGCUACUGGAGGGGAUGACAAGAAGAUUUUGCUAUGGCCAGUGGAUGAGUUCCGGUCGACGAUUCAGCCAAUAGGAAAAUACCACGGACAUGUUUCCAAUAUAUUCUCUGUCUCAUUUGACUCGACUGAUAGAAAGUUCUUCUCAUGCGGCAAUGACGGCCUUCUCCUCCAUUACGAUGUGGAAUAUUCCGCAGUACCUAUCACAAGUGCACUGAAAGGUCCUUCAAAAACAGCGAUCGAUGUCGUGCUAGCGCAUGAAGAAGCCGCAUUAAAGCUUUCCAUAUGUCCUGGUAACGAUAGUUUGGUUCUAACCGCAAGUCAAGAUUCAACCGUAAAGCUUUUCGACACUCGGUGCGCUGAUCAACUUCAGGGCCAAAUAAAAACGCCGGGGAUCCGACAAAACUCUGUCAACUUCAAUCCCGUUGCAGAUAGAUUAUUCUUGACAAGUGAUGAUAAAGGGGGUGUUCUCUUGCACGAUCUAAGACUUGUUAAGCGGCAUUGGAAGGAGCCAUCAAGUGCCACACCGUCCCCGGUGCGAAAGUUUACUACACAGCUCCGACGGGGUUCAGCCACAGCACGACCGGCAGACAUACCGUCGGCGGUUUGGAGUCAUGAUGGCAGAUACAUAGGAGCUAUCAUACACAGAUGGUACCCUACACUUUACACGCCCAGUUCACCUGACCCAGUAUGUGUCUUGAAAACUACAAGCGACGGUGCUCAUGGGUUCAAAAGCGUUGCCACAGUAAAAACAGGUGCCUUCGGUGGUAUGGAUGAUGUCUAUUUCCUCAGCGGAAGCGACGACUUCCGAGCAUACGGAUGGCGACUUCCAAGCGCAGUGGAGAUGGAGAGGGGGGCUAAAACUGGCGCGGAAGUGGAAGGGGGCAACGAGGUUGUCUAUGUGUCGGGAGAAAAACAAGUAAAACCGAUGGAAAUUAAUGAAGCUUGCUUUGUAUUGAAAGGCCAUCGGAGCAUUGUCAAUUCUGUGGUGCAUCACCCGACCCGACCCAUGGUUGCGACAGCUGGCGUUGAAAAGACGAUCCGGAUGUUCUCUCCAUUCCCAUUUGAAGCCAAUGGCGAUCAAAAGACCUGUGAAAGGGCUCGCUCAACGAGUCAUUUGAAUCCCCUCCUGACACUCCAAAUGAUGUUGCACGAUGAGGAGGAUGAAUCUAUUGAGGAAGAUCUCAGAACCCUGACCUUCUUCGAUUUGUUGCUUGCGGAAGACGAGGCCCGUGACACGCUAUGGGGACCUGCGACGGAUCAAGACAGUUCUGACGAUGAAAGCGAAGGGGAAUCAGAAAUAUUUUGGAAUCGUUUUACAAUGGAGACCGAUACGUCCACAGAUGGAAUAUGGAUGGCCAAUUCAAGCGGUGCCUCUAUGAAUGAUGCUGGGGAACAACACGAGCUACCUGAAGAUUCCGAUGAUGCGCUGGAAACACUAGCUCAGAUGGGCGAUCAAAGGUACUGUAAAAGGGAUUAUCGAUCGAGCAGAAGCUGAUACCCCCUACCAGCACAUCCCGGGACCCAACUCGUCGUCCACGUCGCAAAAGACGAAGGGGUGUAGAUGGUGACAUGUAUUUUAGUACGGAUACCUCGUCGUCGGAUGAAGGGGAGGUCUAAUGUGGAUGACUGCUGCUCAUAUCAUUUUAUAUCUUGUAUAUAUUGUUACGCUAUUAUCUCCCAUACUUUCGCCAGGACCUAUCCCGCAGACAGAGGCUAUGUAGUGGUGAAAUUAUAGAUGCAUGUGUCAUGUUUAUAAAGUCAGCUUAUAAAGACGAGGUCUGUU